AUGAAGCGAUGAAACUUGUGGAGGAAGCGUCAUAUAAUAAAUACGACUUGGAGUGGGUUAAACGAGUAAAAGUUAACUUGAACAAUUGUCUUGCUGCAAGAAGACGCGGUGAAUGGAAUAAUCUUUUGAACGCAAUAGGUUAUCCUUCGAGUCCAGGAAGCUUAAAACCUUAUGCGUGGCCUGAGCUAGAUAUAUGUAGAGUUGAAGCACUACUAAAACUCAGCCGGGUUGGUGAGGCUCAUCAAACAGCACUAAGAGCAGCUGCCCUCAAAGUUGAACCACUCCCCUCCUCUUUCUCACAGCCACAGACUCGGUUUUUUUUGGGUAUGCUAUGUAGAGCCUACUUAUAUUUUGUCGAAUCACAACUAAACUUUGCUCUAGAAAGGUACGAUGAUGCAGCCGAGUAUGCAGCCAAAGCUUUAGAGAUCGAGCCACAUAAUACUGAAAUUAAAAUUUUCAAGAAAAAUGUUGAAUUGGUUCAAAGGGCUCUGUCAUCCAGCAAGCUGGAAAAAUGGGCUGAAGCAGUGAGAGAUUAUGAGAUAGUACAUGAGGCACUACCAUACGAUAAAGUCAUUGCUAAAUCUUUGUGUCAAGCUCAAGUUGCACUGAAGCAAUCUCGCAGGGAAGUAGUUCUAAACAUGGAAUCUGGAGGUGAUGUUAAGGAGAUUUCUAGUCUUGAAGAGUUAAAAGCUGCAUUGGCUCGUCCCGAUAAGUCUGUCAAGAUUAUCUAUUUUUAGAGUUAGGGAAUUUUCUUUA